AUGAGCGCCCGGAACAGCACAGAUGUCAGCCACGGCCGUGGAGGCGCUGGAAACAUUGGUGCUGAUGCCACUCCCUAUGGAGAUGGAGAAAUCGUCCGCGAGGGAAUUGCUGGAGAUCACCUUGAUGGAGCAUUCAGCACCGGGCGAGGAGGCGCUGCCAAUAUCGGCUCUCCCGGAGUGAAGGCCACGGAACGCAAAGACGAGAUGGCCAUUCCCGAGGUAGCGCUGCGACCCAGCACGGAGGGCGAGAACUUCCACGUCGGACGAGGAGGUGAGGGAAAUGUCCAUGUUGCGGAGAAGACUACCACGAAGCAUCCUGAGGGGUUGGCCGACAAGUUGAAGAAUAAGCUGUUCAGGAAGAAGGUUGCGAAGGAGGAGAAGACCGCUGCAUAG